AUGGGAACUACUCAAAUUAAAACGACACCGACACCUAAAAUUGAAUCGGAUUCUACAGGCGAACCAAAUUCGAAUUCAGAAAAAGAGUUGUCGCCUUUACAACAAAAUGUUUUAGAUGAAUCUAUUCCGACUCCAUUCAAACAAACUUUAUUUUGGCCUACACCUAAGGAAAAUAUUGCUAAGCACAAACUAAUGAAUAAAGUACCUGCUGUAGCAACUUCAUCUCAGUGGCAACAAUACUAUCAAAAAAAAAGAAGAAAAGAAAAAACAAGAAGAACAACUGAAAAUAGAAAGAAAGAACAAACGUGA